AACUCGUGCUGCAAAACCUCAUGCCGUAUUACGUCAUCUUCAGCCUCUUGGCCUUCGCGGGAAUUGUGGGUAACGCGCUGAUCAUCCUGGUCCUUCGGAAACACGAAAAGGCCCGAACGACGGCGGAAAUCUACGUCCUCAACAUGGCGACCACGGACAUGCUGAUGCUUUCGAUGGUGCCGGUACUGGUAACCCGCAACAUCAUGAACCUGAAGUGGAUCUUCGGCGACUUCUUGUGCCGUGUGUACUAUCUCAUAGCCGGGUUGAACAUGUUUAACACUGUGUUUAUUCUAACGGCUAUGAGUGUAGAUAGGUACUUCUGUGUCUCACGGCCGCUACGGUCUCUGGACUGGAAGACCACCAGAACUGCAAAAAUUGUCUGCGCGUUGCUAUGGGUGAUCUCCACGGUGAUAGACCUUCCCUGGGUGAUCUGGGCCGACAUCGGGAGUCCCAUACCGUACUGCGAUACUCCCAUGUGCCUUUACGAUUUCCCGGCAUACCACGGUGACGACCAUUUCUGGGAGCGUCUGUCUGAGAUCGGGGUACUCUUCUUAUCGUUUGUGGUUCCAAUCAUCCUCAUCACGGGAACGCACAUCGGGAUCCUGUGGCACAUACGGAACGCGGCAGCUAGCCUGGACCGAACGCAACGGUCGCAAGAGAAGGUGACCAAGAUGGUGUUCGCCAUUGUUGUCGUCUUCGUCAUCUGUUGGCUGCCGAAGAACGUGGCGUACCUCGCCCAGCGAUUUGAUUGGUUCGUGGCGCCGAACGAGCUCCAUAUCGGGUUCGAAAUGCUGCUGAUCACCAACAGCGCCAUUAACCCCUACCUGUAUACCAUAUUUGGGCAACACUUCCAGCGGAGGCUCAUGGGAAUAUUUUUCCCAGCAAGGUGA